AUGAACAUUUUCAGAAGGAAAGACGAGUCUAAAGAGGCUAACACAAGCAAAUCGAAUUCAACCACAGACCUCGCAUCAGUCUCUUCAAAGUCCACGACUUCGUCUGUACCUUCAAGCACAGCAGCAAGCACCACUAGCAAGACCACCAAUUCAAGCACCCCCAGCACUAGCAAGAAGUACAUUAAACGUCACACCCCCUUUGAUAAACCGGUCUCUCCCGUCAAACCACCUACUUUUGACUUGACCGAGGAACAACAGGCCAAGUACAACUUGGUCUUCGAGCAUUUCAAGAAAUAUAUAGAAUCCGACAAAAUCCCGGUGAACGACCAGCAUCAUUGCGACCAGUUCCACCCUAUCUUAUUGGAAGAAAAGGCAUGGCUCACCAAGGAAUGCUUUUUGAGGUACCUUAGAGCCACCAAGUGGAAAACAGACCAAGCCAUUCAACGUAUCCAAGAGACAAUUGUUUGGAGAAGAACCUUUGGUGUGGUGAAUAUUCCUAAUGUGACUGAGCCUUCAAAGGUGGUCACUCCAGAAUUAGUAGAACCAGAAAACUUGACCGGUAAGAACCUUAUUGUUGGCUACGAUAACGAUAACAGACCAUGCUUGUACUUACGUAAUGGGUACCAAAAUACCUCUCCUUCCAUCAGACAAGUGCAGCACUUAGUGUUCAUGCUCGAGAGAGUGAUACAAUUUAUGCCUCCAGGUCAAGAUCUGUUGGCAUUACUUAUUGAUUUCAAAGCAGCACCUGCAGAAAUGAAGUUGUCAUCCAAGUUCCCAUCUCUUUCCAUUUCCAAGCAAGUAUUACACAUUUUGCAGAACCAUUACCCAGAGAGAUUAGGUAGAGGACUUUUCACUAAUAUUCCAUGGAUUGGGUACACAUUUUUCAAGGUGGUGGGACCUUUUAUUGAUCCUUACACCAGACUGAAGACUAUCUAUGACCAACCGUUCGGAAACUUCGUCCCCAAGGAACAAUUGGACAAGGAGUUUGACGGGAUGAUAGACUUUGAAUACAUUCAUGACGUUUACUGGCAAGAGAUGAAUGCUAUGGCUGAAAAGAAGAAGAAGAUUUACUCGGAUAACUUUGAAAGACUUGGCUGUGAAAUUGGGUUGAGUGAGUACGACUUGAGAUUGAAGGUGGAAGAAACGGCUUAA